AUGAUGAUUCUCAGGGUGGUGAACGUGACAUACAGAUACCAUACCUUCCAGAGUUGGCACAAAUGCAAAGAAACCAGACAUCUGGCGUCAUAUACAUUCCCUGAUGCCAAUGUGAAAUGCUGCCCAAGCUGCGUGUGUCUCUCAUGCCUUUCUACGAUCCUGGAGAUGCCAUCCCAACCUCACUUUCCAUGGUACAGCAUUGGAUAUUACACUGCCAAUGAUUCUUGUUAUCUCAACAGUUGGCUUUUGACUGCUGUUAUACCAGGAAUUGAAGAACUUUCACUUAUACUGCCAAUGAGGGAACCAUACAAUUUCCCAUGCUCAAUUUUGUCUAAUGGGAGUGGUGACUCAAUUCGGUAUCUCAAACUUGGCAGUUGCUCCUUGCAACCCACAACUGAACUUCCUUGGUUAAAAAGCUUGACAAAAGUGCAGCUUAAUGCUGUCUCUUUUACUGGGGAUGAGUUAGGGUGCCUUCUAUGCAAUUCUUUUGCUUUGGAGUGGUUGGUAAUCAGGUAUUGUGGUGAGAUAGUUUGCUUGAAGAUCCCUUGUAUGCUGUGGCAGCUCAGGCACCUAGAGGUUAUUUGCUGUAGCAGUCUGCAAGUGAUAGACAACAAAGCUCCAAAUAUAUCCAGCUUCUUCUACGCCGGAGAUCGGGAUCAUAUUCAACUGUCACUUGGAGAAGCAUUGAAAGUGGAGUACAUACGCUUGAUCUUCUCGGGUGCACUUCAUUAUGCUUGUGUUGCACUUCCAUCCAUUGUGCCAAACCUUAAAAUUGCUAGUAUACUUUCGACAAGUGAGGUAGCCCAGGAGAAAAUGGAGCAUGUCUCCGUAUUCACAGAUCCCUCAGAUCUGAGGAAGAUGCAAGGACACCAGCAUCAUAAGAUGAAGAGAGUGAAGAUCCUAGGAUUCACGUCUGCGAAGAGUCUUGUUGAGUUUACUUGCCAUUUUGUUGAGAGCAUAACAUCACUUGAACACCUUACGCUGGAGUCCUAUCAGAGCUGUGCUAGGUGUUCUGUGCCUGCUCACAAAAGUCGCAAGUGCUCCCCACUGCCCGUUGAUGUUCUCAGGGAAGCUCAACGAGGACUCUUGGCUAUCAGGACAUACAUUGAGCCUAAAGUUCCUUCCAUGGUAAAGCUACAUGUUGUUGAGCCUUGCCGCCGAUGUCAUGCUGUUGUUGAACUUUAG